CCCCGUCAACCAGAGCUCGGGGAAUCUCGUGUCCUUGACUCAUGCUGGAAGGACGCCCCUCGUGCCAAUAUGCCUAGCGAACCUGGCUAACAUAGCGUCCUUAUAACCGUGGCUUUGAACUGGUCAACACCGAGGAAUUCCCCCUGGUGGCUUUGUAUUUUCGCGUGACGUGAUAUUCUCCUUUUUCUCUUUUUUCCCCUUCACUCUUCCUCUCUCGCACAUCUCUCUCUAGCUCAAUGACAUUCCCUCACUCCCUCUAAACCACUUCUACGGCCUUGACUGCUGUUCGAAUUACGACUCCUCUUGGAUCUCGAAAAGAAUAGGAAGCGUAACGUGCGCAGCUGAACCGAGAGUGGACUUGCGCCGCAAAGCCUUAUUGAUACAUCAUAAUACGAGGAUGGCGUCCAAGGUGAAACAGGACGGCAAGACGCCGCCUUCUGCGGCGACGAACCUCAUCGCUGGCGGCGGUGCCGGUAUGAUGGAGGCGCUUGCUUGCCACCCCCUUGACACGAUCAAGGUGCGCAUGCAGCUAUCACGCCGUUCGAGGACAGCAGGCGGCCCCUCACGAGGCUUUAUCCGGACCGGCGUGGAAAUCGUAAAAAAGGAGACGCCUCUUGCCCUGUACAAGGGUCUCGGCGCCGUAUUAACGGGCAUCGUCCCUAAGAUGGCGAUUCGGUUCACCAGCUUCGAGGCGUACAAGCAGAUGCUGGCGGACAAGAGCACAGGCGUCGUGAGCGGCAAGGCCACCUUCUUAGCCGGACUCGCCGCCGGCAUCACCGAAGCCGUCGCCGUCGUGACGCCGAUGGAAGUCAUCAAGAUCCGCCUCCAGGCGCAACACCACUCCAUGGCCGACCCGCUCGACGUGCCCAAGUACCGCAACGCCGCGCACGCGCUCUACACCGUCGUCAAGGAGGAGGGCUUCGGCGCGCUGUACCGCGGCGUCAGCUUGACGGCGCUGCGGCAGGGCACCAACCAGGCCGUCAACUUCACGGCCUACAGCUACUUCAAGGAGGCCCUGAAGAGGUGGCAGCCCGAAUACGACGGGGGCAACUUGCCCAGCUGGCAGACGACGCUCAUCGGACUGGUCAGCGGUGCCAUGGGACCGCUUAGCAAUGCGCCUAUCGAUACCAUCAAGACGCGCUUGCAGAGGACACCGGCGGAGCCGGGAAGCAGUGCUUGGAGCCGGAUUGCUAAGAUCUCUGGCGAUAUGUUCAAGCAAGAGGGCUUCCACGCUUUCUACAAGGGCAUCACACCUCGCGUGAUGCGUGUGGCCCCCGGCCAGGCCGUCACCUUCACAGUAUACGAGUACAUCAGGGAACGGCUCGAGAAGAGCGACUUUUCUUUUACGGGAGGCAAGUACGAGGAGUAGUAGUUGAGGUUGAGGUUGAGGUUGAGGUUGAGGUUGAGGUUGAGGUUGAGGUUGAGGUGCCGGGACUUGGGCUGAGCUAGUCGAACGGCAAAGCUGGAGGGUCAAGGGGACGAUCGGCAGUCUGACGUUGAGAGAGCGGCGCCUUUUUUUCUUUUUUUUUUUCUUCUUCUUUCGGGAUACCAUGAUCUAAUCGCGUUUUUUUCCACUUUUUAGUUUCGA